GCUGUAAGAGAUCUAUAGGAGUUUGAAUUAAGGUUACAUGAGUAGUAAAGGACAGAGAUUUUAAAACUAGAUCUUAGUCCCAAGCCAUUAUUUUUCCCUGUAUACACUGGGCUUCUCAGGGCCCUUUCUCCUUUUACCAGGAUUUGAAAAUAUGUAUUUAUGUAUAUACUGAAUGGAGACACAGGUCCCUACAUGUUGUGCAUGCAUUUUUUUUCCUAUAAGGAAUGUACUUAUUAUUUCUUUUCAAAUAAUAUAAAAAGAAAUGCAGAUAUUACAUAUUUCUUUAAAUAAAACAAAAUACAUCAAACAACCACCAGCACAUCAUGAUCUCCAUCUUGAAGAAACCAAACAGCUAGCAGUUCCUGUAACUAAAAAUCCUGAAAAGAACAAUCAUCAAAAUGUUAACAAUGGUUAUUUUUGGGUAGUGAGUAUGAGAUUUCUUCUUCAUCAUUUUUCACUAUUUUUCACGUUUUCUACAAAGGACAUUUUUUUUUGUAAUCAUAACCCCUCACAUAAUAAAUACACAAUCCCAUAUCACUUUUAAGUAACAAGCAGCGAUAAACAUUAAACAGAUUAAACACUAUUAAAAUGCCACUCUCUUCUGAAUUACUGGACAGUUAGCAAAUGAGUUUUUCCCUUGUCCUUAACUUAUAAUAAUUGCUCCAGUGUAUUGUUUCUGUAGUUGUGCAGCCCGUCUGCAGGGAUCCCAAAGGAUCCCCACCCCCGCUUUAUAAAACAAAACAAAACACGUGCUAGACCUGAGACCUCUGGGUCUCAGUUAGGGUUGGAGACAGAUGAGACGCAGCACCCUAAGUAUACUGAAAAAAAAGCCUUGCCUAAUAAUUGUUCCUCAACAGACGUCUGGACGCUCUCCGUUGCCUAGUUACGAGAAAUACCUCCUCCGCAGCCCCGCCUCCUCCUCUAAGCCACGCCCCCUUCAUCCUUCCACCGUUCGCGUGGGGAUGAGCCGGGCCCCUCCAACCACUCACAGGCCUCCGCCGCGGGUCUUCUAACGGUGAUUGGGACAGUGCAUGGGCGGUGCUUGGGGCGGGCCUUCCGCGCGUGAGAGGAACGUCAGCACGUCGGCGCCGGGUUUUCUCUGGCGGGGCCCAGCUAACCUGUCUUGUGUGUGUUGAGUCUGUGUGUUUCGCACAGCUCCGCCUGGGCGGGGAGCGCCUUGUGCGCUCGUGGGUGGGCACAGUUACUUGUCUUGGUGCUCGGGCUGACCGCCUUCAGCGUCCUCCCGGCCUUUUCCCAGGGCCAUUACUGCUGCGGGGCGCUUCGGAGCGGAGGCGGUUCCCGGGCUCUGCCCGAGGCAGUCGGUGUCCAUCCCUCUGGGCUCGGAUGGGAGGCGGCGGGGGGAGCGGCUUGGGAUGUUCAGUCUGAUGGACAACUGCUGCAGCUGGUUCAAGCGGUGGCGGGAGCCGGUCAGAAAGGUGACUCUUGUGAUGGUGGGACUUGAUAAUGCUGGUAAAACGGCAACGGCAAAGGGAAUCCAAGGAGAGUGUCCUGAAGAUGUAGCCCCUACUGUUGGAUUUUCCAAAAUUUACCUUAGACAAGGGAAGUUUGAAGUCACCAUCUUUGACUUGGGAGGUGGAAAAAGAAUUCGGGGAAUCUGGAAGAAUUACUAUGCUGAGUCUUAUGGGGUAAUAUUUGUUGUGGAUUCCAGUGAUGAAGAGAGAAUGGAAGAGACGAAAGAGACAAUGUCAGAAGUGCUAAGGCAUCCUAGGAUAUCAGGAAAGCCUAUAUUGGUGUUGGCAAAUAAACAAGACAAGGAAGGGGCAUUAGGAGAAGCUGAUGUGAUUGAAUGUCUGUCUCUGGAAAAAUUGGCCAAUGAGCACAAGAGCCUAUGUCAAAUAGAACCUUGUUCAGCAGUCUUGGGAUAUGGAAAGAAAAUCGACAAGUCCAUUAAAAAAGGCCUUUAUUGGUUGCUACAUAAUAUUGCAAGAGAUUUUGAUGCCUUAAGUGAACGCAUCCAAAAAGACACAACAGAACAACGUGCUCUUGAAGAACAAGAAAAACAAGAAAGGGCUGAAAGAGUGCGAAAAUUAAGAGAAGAAAGAGAACAAAGAGAGCGUGAGCAGGCUGAACUUGAUGGAACCAGCGGUCUUGCUGAGUUGGAUCCGGAACCAGUAAUUGUUAAUCCUUUCCAGCCAAUAUCAUCUGUAAUUAUUGAGAAUGAAAAAAAACUUGAAAAAGAGAAAAAGAGGCAAAAUAUGGAGAAAGACAGUGAUGACCGCCCCUUGAAACAUAAAAUGGAGCAUGAACAAAUAGAGACACAGAGCCAGAUUAGUGACAGCAGCCAGAAAAACAAUGAGUAUGGAGUAGUAGAAAAUUAUAAGGAGGCGUUAACACAGCAGUUGGAGAAUGAAGAUGAGACAGACCAGCGAUCAUCAGAAUCAGAUAACAGUAAAAAGAAAAUGAAGAAACUAAGAAUAAAAAGGAGUCACCGUGUAGAACCUGUUAAUACAGAUGAUUCUGCUCCUAAGAGUCCAACACCACCCCCACCUCCUCCUCCUGUUGGCUGGGGAACCCCCAAAGUCACUAGACUUCCAAAACUUGAGCCUCUUGGUGAAACACGUCAUAAUGAUUUCUAUGGGAAGCCAUUGCCUCCCCUGGCUGUGCGACAGAGACCUAACAGCGAUGCUCAUGACGUGAUCUCAUAACCAAGUCACGUGGGUGAGCUCUUGAUAUUGGCAAGAUGAACUGGAGAAACUUCUUUCUCAAAGAAGAAAAGUCCUGAAUUGAUGACUAGGGCAAAAUAAUCAUAGCAAUUUCCAGUGAGGGGAUUAAUAGCCAAAGACCUGACUGAUCUGAUAAUUACUUAUUCAUGGUCUUCAUGGUUUAAAAAAAAAAAGCAAAAUGACCAGUGAAAGGACAAGCAUUUGGACCAAGUUAGCAAGUAGUGUUGACUCUGGUUUAUAAAUCUGCACUCAUGGACAUAUUCCUGAAAGAAAACCUUUCAGAAAAAGAGCCAAUGGACUCUGUAUACUUUCUUUACUAUUUGUUUAAUAGUCUUUAUUUCUGUAUCAUAAACAUUUUUUGUAAGAUACAUCUUCAUGGAAAGGGAAAUUCUUGGGAAUUUAUAACCUAAAUUUUAUACUUAUUAUAUUUUUCUAAAACUUUUAAGAAUUUUAAUUGCUAUGAUAUUGACUUUGCACUUUUCUAUAGAUGCUUUGUUUAAAUUGUGUCUGGAAAAUCGAGUUCAUUUAUUUUGCAAACAUGAACUAUACAAACAAUACAUUUAUAUGGUUUGAAGUGUGUUUUCUAAUAGUAUUGUUCUUGAAAUAUACAUUCUAAUUUGACCUAUUUUAAAAUAAUACCUUUUUAAAAUAGAUUCUGAGAUCUUUAUUCUACCACAUUAUGUUAUUUGAAAGCACUACCCAGGGAGAAAGUUCAAUUUUUUUGUUCUUGGUUGUUUUCUUUGGUGAUGAUCUCGGUAAAUGAAAGUCACUUGAAAUACUUUUUUGACCUAAAUAAAUGCUUUUUAAAUUAAUAAAAAUAUUAUGUGAGAUGUUAUUAAAAGUUCCAAUCAACAUCUUUUUUAAAGAUUAGACUCUUUCAGAGAUCAAGGUGCUCCUUGUCACUCACUCCCUUGUUCUAUCAGAAUCUGCAGUGACUUUUUUUGGUUAUUCUAAUUCUUUUAUGCCUUGAAAUUAAAGGCAAAAAAGACUGAAAAAGCUGCUCUAGGUCCAGAGACUGGUGUUUCAUAACCAGGAAAGGCUUGGGUACUAAAGCAAUAGGAAUAAAAAUGUUAGUUUAAAAUGACUUUUAUAAAGAAAUAACUCCAAAAUAAUUUCUCAAUUUAAAAUAAUAGUACUUCUCUUGCCCAGAAGAGUGACAUCUAAUAGGAUUCUUUAUUUGUCUGGCAUUUAGACAAACUCUUAGAUAAAUAUGUUGAGUAAUUGAGUCAUGUUGCGUUUCACUGAAAUCAUGCAUUUAUGUUAAGGUGAGCAUACUAUAAACAGUAUGAUUCCUAUAUCACCUUGUUAAAUGGUCAGUUUAGUAACUUGUACUGAUAACAGACACUGGUAUCUGACACGAAUAUGAUUAAGUAUGCCUAAGGUAGUUUAAAAUGCUAAUUUUUAAAAUUUUACUUCAGAGGAUCACAUUUUAUUCACAUUUUUAACUCAUAAUUCAUUAAUCAGUCUAGUCAGUAUCAUUUUAUUAGUUUAGUCAGUAUCAUUUGCAGCUUUUUGGAGUUUUGUACAUGGGUCCUACCCAGCGCACUGAGUAAAAAGCAUACUACUUCAGAUAUAAAAUUCUUAACAACCCGAAGUUGAGAGGUGUGUGAAACGUAAGGGAAAGCAACACAAGAAAAAAAAUGUAAAUUUUGAAAUGAAUUUUAGAGAUAAAACGUGUUUGCAUAUCUUUUUGGUUACUUUGGUAACAUUUUACAUUCAUUUUUUAAAAAACUAAACUCAUACUUUUGCCAUCUUUUUACUACUCAUCUAGUUUGAGAAUAAAUAUGUUUUUACAAUUUUUGUUUCCUUCCAGUGAUUGUACUUCACUGUGGUGUACAAUAACUACAGAGUCCAUUAUGGACAUUCAUCCAAACAUGAAUAAAAAUGAUUUUGAAAUUAAAUAUAUGAUAAAGUGGAAUAAAUGCUUAAUAUAUCUCAAAAAAUUAAUUUGUAUUCUUAAAGCACUCUAAAAAUAUUUUAAAAGAAGUUUUGUAAAUCCAGGUGGCUUUUAACAAGUAAUACCUAUUUUGUCAUAGGCUGCAUUUUAAAUUCCUAAUCAUCAUGAGUUAUAACAUUUUCACAGAAUAAAAAUAAUUUAUUAUGGUGUUUUGCUUUUCAUUUGAGAAAUUUAAAUGAUUUAUUUUGGGUAAUAAGAAAGGAUUGUUGAAAAACUAAGUUAAUUAAAAUAAUGAAUUUUUUGCUAUUGUACAUGAAAACCUUUUUUCUGUGAACAAGUUUUUGUGUAUGUGGGAAAGAAUCUUCUCAUUUUAAAGGGUAGUUAAAAUAACAUAUGUUAUGAUUCUAGAUGAUUCUGUGUCUGUCUUUUGUUAAGUUAAAGAUACUGGCCAAAAAAUACAUUUUUUUCUUAUUUGAGAUAAUUCUAUAUAUGCCUUUGUGUAACAUGCAGAUAUGACAAAUAUACAAUGUUGUAUGUAAUUGAUGUCAAGUAUAAAACUGCAUGGAAGCAACACUAGAAAGAAAUGUUCCAAAAUAUUAAUAGUGAAUUUUUCUUUUUUUUUUUUUGAAUGAGCUUCACAAACACUCAAGGUUGGAGAGCAAGGUACAGGCUUUUAUUUAGAGAUAAAGUGAAAGGACAGAGCUCCCAGCUCACGCCAUGAGGGGACAAGAGAGUCCUAAUAGUGAAUUUUUUAUUGGUUAUGUUUUUUCCUCAAUCUUUCAAACUAUUUUUUAAAAAUUUGGCUUACUUUUAUAAUGGGACAGCACAUUCAUAAUUUUGUAAAAAUUAAGUGCCUGUUUUCAGCAAGUUUAAAAUUAUAUGCUCUUUUAAGUGUCAAAGGAAAGACUAGAAUUCACUUAAUAUGUAAAACUUAUGUGAAUAGCCCAGAGACAUUCAACUAUAGAGUAUGCCAUAAUAUUUAGAACUGACCUCUUACUGUUUUUUUUACUAUGACAGUAUUUUAUUUGAUAGCUCUAUAUGCUUUGCUAUUAAUGUUACUUAAUUUCUUUCAUUCCACACUAAAGAAAUCCAGUGCUUCCAGGUGAAUAAGCUUAUCAGAAGUGAAACUGCUUAUACAAAUAAUGCUGUAGUUUAGAAGCCUUAUUAUCCUUGGCUUUAAUACCAAAGUUUUUCUCUAAGUGGAGUAUAUGUUGCAACUGACAUUGUGCUAAUACUAUUUAUCAAGAAAUGUAUUCCAGCUGAUCCAAAGAACAAAUUUAGGUAUUUCAAAACUUACAUUAAAGUAUGAUAUGAAUUAUCAAAAUAGCAAUAAUCUAUUAGCUUUGUGGGAAUAGAGUAAUAAAAGCCUGUUUCUUUGAGAAAGAAAAUAGGAAGUCAAAAAUGAAUUUCCUUUAAUGAAGGGGAUCAGCUUAUAAUUAAUGGGAAAAGAGAAAGAAAAUAAUUUGUUGGAGCAUGAGUUGUAGAUUCCCUCUGUGUGCUGGUGAGAAAACAAUUUACGAACUAGGUAAAUGAAUCAGUGGUCUACAGAUUUUUAUAAUAAUAUAAUUCCUUUCCAGUAAAAAUUUUUAGUACACAUUUAUAUUUCAGUUAUUGUAUUAGUUAGCUAGGUCUGCUAAGUACCAAAGACUGGGUGACUAAACAAGUUUAUUUUCUCAGAUUUCUGAAGUCUGGACGUCUAAGAUGUUGACUGCAUUGGUUUCUUCUGGAACCUUCUCUCUUUGGCUUACAAAUGACCUCAUACUCCCUGUGUCCUCAGUGGUCUUUCCUCUGUGUGCAGUCACCUCUCUAGUCUCAGUAUGUUUAGAUUUCCUCUUUUUUUAAGGACAUCAGUCAGAUUGGAUUAGGACCCACCUUAAGGAACUCUCUUAAAAUUUAACACUUCUGGGAAGACCCUAUUUCCAAACAGUCGCAUUCUGAGGUACUGGGGGUUAUGGAUUCAACAUAAGAAUUUUGAGGACAAGUUUCAGCCCAUCACAGUUACAUGUUGUACUGCACUUUGUACAUAGACUUCCCCCCUAAGAAUUUUUUUAAAAGUUAGAUAAAAAUACAAGUUAUUAGAUUUACUUCCCAGUCAGUAGAUUGUCUGCUGGUAUUUGUACAUAUCACUUUGGAAAUCUAAAAUAAAAUGGGAGCAGCAGCCUACUAGCUGCUCACCUGAAAGUCCAA